UAAAAAUUUUCCCUGAAUAAAUAAUUAGACACAUAAACUUUUAAAAUAAUCAGUUGAUACUUGAACAAAUACCCGCACUAUGUUAUGUUUCAUGUUUGUUUUACUUCUACUAUAUGCAAAGUCAAAUGCCGACAGUCAAGAAUGCUUUAUAGAAUGUUCCAAUGAACCCGAAAACAUGAUUUGCGCUUUAGAUUUGAAAAAGAAAAACUAUAAAAUGUUUCCCAGCAAUUGUGCUAUGAACGGUUAUGCAAAAUGUUUUGGAAUAGGAUACGUCCGUACCCCAAUCAAAUACUGCAUCAAAAAUCAUAUACUGCCUAGUCGCAGAAUAUACGGAGAAUCUUGUCCAGUGUUCUGUCCUAAUCAUUACAGACCUGUAUGUGGUGCUUCUAAAUACAGGGAUUACGUUUAUCGAACCUUCAACAAUGGAUGCUAUUUGGAUAUGAUUAACUGCCGAGGAGACGACGACGUUACUGGCUAUGUAGAGGUACCGUUACAAUUUUGCCAGCGUCAUCUCAUGAAGAAUAUAUUUCAAGAAAAAGUUAUGGUAUCAAAUAUGUAUGAUUUUCGUGAUUACAAUGAAUGAUAAUUUAAUAUAAGUAUAUAAAUUAAAACUGUUGUUAUCACUAACAUUAGCUAAUUCUGAUAUAAGUCCAAUAUUUUUCUAAUUUCUUUUACAAUUUCGAAGUUGAAUGAUAUUUAAUAAUCUGUUACAUAUAAAAUUAUCUAUUUAAAAGACUACAGUUGUAUUACUUAUUUGUUAUGAGAUUUGGAAUAAUUAUAAAUAUAUCAUUAUGUAUAUUUCUAACCCAUUUGUAUAUGUUGCGAGGGUAAGAAUAGUAACAAGGGUAAGAUCUAAUAAACAAAGGUAAACAUUUUAAGUUAAUGCACUCGCAAAAUAAAUCUCUUCAAUACUUAAGUCAUUGUUCAGAAACACCUAGAAGCUAGUUGAAAGCAAAAUUUUUCAAAACCAAAGUCCUUAUUAAGUAAAAGCAGUUUGUAAAAUUUCUUUCUACAUAAUAGAAUUCAAGUAAUGUUCCCCAUAUCUAAUUAAAUUGUCUUAGUUAGAUACUCAUAUAUAAAAGCAAUUACGUUCACAAUCACAUUUGCUUUAAGAGAACAUUACAUACAUAAUAAAAUUAAACCCCCAAUACGACCUUUGCAAAAUGAAUAUUAAUUUUUUAUCCCGUAUGACAGGCAAUAGCUAUGGUAAUUAAUUUCAUUGCAUAUACAAAAAUUGACACUUUCAUUAUUAAUUAUUAUCGAAUACUCGUUAUAGCAAUUGAACUAUUUAAUAUACGUAACAAAAACAGUAAUGUAAUGCAAACAAUUACUGUCAUAUUUAAUAAACGAAUGGUUAUGAAAA